AAACGUCAAAACUAAAGCUCACGAAAAUGUAAACAAAUUUUCAAUUAUUAUUGUCUCAUCAUUGAUAGUUUUUCCAAUGGAAAACUUAAGAUUCUUAAUGAAAACCUGCGGUUUUGUAACUUGGAUUUGUUUACUCAACUGGAUUAUACACAAAACAUGCUAAUGACUCUCUACACAUUGUGAAAAUUACUAAAUUAACAGAAUCGAUAAUAUUUUAAGGUAAGUGGAAUUUUAUCUUUGUAGAGCAAUCAAGUUGUCUUAUUUUUAAUUUCUAUUUACAGAUUACGUGUUGAUUUGCAUUGAACUAGGAUAUAAUUUUUCGUUAAUCGAAGUGUUAUGAGAAUGUCAAAUGUUUUUCUUUGAAUUGGAGCAAAGAAAACUUGACAUAUUGAAAGAACUUUUCGAAACUGACGUGUUCAGUUCGUUUCAAUGCUGAAAUUCAUACGAGUUCAAUUCGUCAGACUUAUCUUCUGAGACCUCUUGACAUUGACCCAGGAUACACACCUCUUAAAAGAGUAUUUUAUUGCUGUGGAACAGACUUGUUUAUGCUGCAUCAAGCUAGCCGUCAUAGCUGGGGUAACAAAAUGUUACUGUUUCUUCAGAAAUGAACCAUGGAAGGUUCCUGUUAUCCUCUGGCCAUUCAAAUCCUCCAGGAUAUAUGUGUUGGUGCCCAAUUUCUGACGAACUCGAACCUUUGUAAACUUGGGCGCUAGUUUACCCACGAAAUUCUUCGAUUUGUCUGACAAGUGUACGUUUUUCUUGAACACUACAUCUCCACAUUCAAAAUUAUGUUUCUUGUUCGCUCGGAGGUUAUAAGUAAUCGAAUAUCUUUUAUACGCCUUAAGGAGAUUCUCGCGAACCGUUUGCCACAGCUGUGUUUGCUCUGCUGGGCUAAAAGAAACUUUCAAAUUGUCAGUCAAAUUCCUUAGAUGAUCGUAUUCUUUCCCAGAGCUUAUCAUGUUACGUCCAAAGUUAAGAAAAUAAGGUGUAAACCCGGUGCUAUCGUGCACAUUAGUUCGAAUCGCCAUCGCAAUUUGCGGUAUCGACUCAUCCCAGUUCUUAUGGUCAGUACGACGGUUUAAAGCGCACCGUAUCGCCGUAACGAUGACCCGAUUGACUCGCUCAGUUGGAUUUGGACUAGGGUGAUAUACUGCUAGAUUCCAAUGGGUAACACCGUACUUGGACAACAAAUUCUCGAAUUCUUUACAUAGGAAGACUUUGGCAUUAUCGGUAAUGCAAACGGAAGGCGCACCGAACAGAGUGAAUAUUUGGUUCUCGGUGAAGGUACAAACGCCUAUGGCGGUAGCGGACCUCAUACAUUGUACCAUAACAAAUUUUGUAAAGAAAUCGGUAACAACCAGCAACCACAUAUUACCUUUCUUGGACCGGGGAUACGGACCUAAGAAAUCCAUCGAGAUUAACUCCCACGGCCGUGAACACAUCUUUGGAUUUCCACAGACCGGAGUAACGUUUAUGUUCGGGGUUUUAGAUUCCUUACAAACAAGGCAGGCGAAGCAAAACCGUUUCACUUCCGACGACAUACGAGGCCAAUAAUACUUUUCCCUGAGCUUGGCCAAGGUUUUCAGAAAUCCUAAGUGCGCUUCUUCGUGAAUAGCCUGAAUCAACGGUUUUCUUUCCAACAACGGGACCACAUAUUUCCACCGCAUGCCAGGAUCUUCAGUCAAUGAAGUAUUGGUAACAAACUUAAAUACUUUUUCGUCAAUGAUUUGGAAAUCUUUGUAUCUUUCCGGGAAAUUUCUAAUUUGACUUUUCAACUGAGAGACAUAUGUGUCUGGAAGUGGACUAUCUACGACACAUAAGCUUCGCGACAACGCGUCGGCCGAAAUGUUUUCAGAGCCCUUUUUGUACUGCAACACCAUGUCAUACUUUGACAAUUUCAAUGCCCAUCGAGCGAUCCUUGGCGAUUUUGACUCGAUAGACAUGGUACGCAAAAACGUUAGAGACAUCGCAUCGGUCUGAAUCACGAACUGGCUUCCUUCUAUGAAGUGCCGGAAAUUUUCAAUGCUCAGCAGAACUGCUAGGCAUUCCCGUUCUGUCGCGCUAUACUUCCGCUGAGUGCUUGACAACUUUUUUGAGUAAUAUGCAAUACAACGUCGUUCUCCUUCGAGGACUUGAGUGAGAACGGAUCCUACUGCUAAGUCUGAACUGUCUGUCUCUAUUAUAAAAGGAACAGAAAAGUCCGGAUUAGCUAAGAUAGGCGCGGAUACUAAUGCGGUUUUUAAUUUCCCUAACGCCUCGUCGGCUUCCUGGGUCCAUGCAAAUGUUUUACGGUCUUUUUUCAAAAGAUUACUUAUCGGAGUGGUGAUUUCAGAAUAAUCCUUUAUGAAUUUCUGAUAGAAACCCGCUAAACCCAAGAGUCGUCGUACGUCUUUGACAGACUUGGGGGUACUAUAGUCCAAGACGGGUUGGAUUUUGGCCACGUCCAUAGACAGGCCAUCCUCGGUUAGUACAUAACCAAGGUAACGGACCUGCUUCUGACAGAAUCGAGACUUAAUUAUAUUGAUAGUUAACCCGGCACGUUUUAAUCGAAUCGCGACUUCCUUAAUCAAUCUCAGGUGUUCCUCCAACGUGAGAGAAGUGAUGAUUAUGUCAUCUAAAUAGACAUAAACGCGAGGCUCCAUGUCAUGUCCGAUGACCUUGGACAUCAAGCGAAUCAUUGUCGCAGGGCUGUUAGCUAACCCAUAGGGCAUUACCGUGAACCUAAAGACCGACUUAGUGGUCCUGAAUGCCGUCUUAUCCUUUGCCGAGGAUUCUAAGCUAACCUGAUAGUAAGCUUCAGAUAAGUCUAUGACCGAAAAAUAUCUCGAUUUUUGUAUUCUUUGUAGGAUGCCAACCAUAUUCGGAAACGGAAAGUCAUCUUUCCGAGUAGCUGCGUUUAGUCGUCGUGAAUCAAGACAAAUCCUCCACUUGCCGUUUGCCUUUCUGACUGGCAAGAGUGGAUUCAAGAAAUCUACCGGACCUUCGCAUUCUUCGAUAACACCGAGUUUCAGCAUGCGUUCAAUCUCGGCAUCUAUAACGGAUUCUACCUUGGGAGACCAUUUGUAUGAAGCGAAUUUCUUCGGCCUCAUACCCGGGAUUAGAUCUAUAGAAUGCUUUAAGACUUUCGUUCUACCUAAUUUUCCUUCCACCGUAACUGGCAAUUCGGAGAUGGCUUCGAAUAGAGUUUUCCUUUCUUGCACGGUGAGAUCAUGCUCAGUUACAAUAUCUUCCGGCUUAUCAAUCGUUUUGUCAGGGAUUUCUAUCGUUGGCAUAUCAAGACUUUCAUCUUCUUCUGGAACAACAACCUUGAACUUACUGUCGAGCUCAUCUGUCGGCGACAGCUGAAAACAGAAAUUUUCAGACUGUUCACUAAAAUAAUCUUCAAUUACUAAUAAUUGAUUUGGCGUGGAUGGACUUGCCUCGUUUUCGGAAUAACUUUCUACGGGAAUUGAGGUAUUAGGACUUAUUAAUUGAAACCCGAAUUUCUUGAGAAAAUCCAUUCCCAAGAUCAACGGUUUGGUCACCUCAGGUACCACUACUGUGGGAAUCACGUGAGUUGUUUCCUGAUAGGUAAACGGAAUGUUGACAAAUCCGAGACAUCGAUAUGCUGUUCCGUCAGCUGUUGAAACUUUCAAAUUUACAGGGUUGAUUUUCAGGCCGAGCUUUUCAAUCAACGGUAACGCACUAAUCACGGACACACUCGCUCCAGUGUCUGCAAGACCAACUACAUUUUCGGACAUGAUUUUCAAACUUAGGUGAGGGCAUUUGCUAGUGAAGGUGUUAAUCUGAAAUGUUCGUUCAAAAUAUUCGAAAUUAGGAAUAGGAACCUCUACGAAAUCGCGGUCAGGAGCUUGGUUCCUUAAGUCUCCCAUCCUUAUUCGUUUUUUGACUCGUUAGUCACAGAAUAUCGUGAACGCAUUUGGUGUCGAUUUGGACAACGAAAAGCAGUGGUAUCCGGAUGACCACACAUGUGACAGAAUAUCAACUUACUCUUGUCACAUUCUCUCCACAAAUGGCCUAUUUUUCGACAAUUCCAACAAACCAUUACAUCAGUUACGUUAUUCCCCGAGUCCGUUUUCGUUGUUCGACCACCAGUAAAUUUCGUGUCUGUUUGCGACUUGAUAACGCAAACAUCUUCAGUUUCUUCAUGGGUCAAGUUACCUUCAUUUUUUUCUAAUUCUUCUUCUUCUAGACAAUUCAACGGUACGUUACGAUUCAAAGGCUUCAGGUGGUUCAAAUUGGUUUCUACAGCAUCUAGCUUGUAACACAACUGAGCUAGGUGUUCAAUCGAGUAGAUUGGUUCCAAAGCUAACCUUCUUUUAUAUCCUAGCCUCAUGUUUUCGAAAAUAAUGUCAAACUUCUCCUGCUCAGUCAUUUUUUUAGUCAUUCUUCUUGCUAGAGUUUCGAUGUCAGUUAAAAAUGAACUAAAUUUUUCGUUAGGCUUUUGCUUUCUAUUACGCAUUUCUUCCUUGAAUGAUCGAUCACGAUUUGGAUCGUCGUAUCUCAUGAGUAGCUCACUAACUAAUUUCCCCCAAGACGUGAAACGUUCUUCGUACGUGGUGUACCAAUUGUACGCAUCAUCACGGAACAACAGAUGCGCGUGUAUGCGUAAAUCUUCCUGAUCAAUGCCAUACGAACGACAUAGCAGAUUGAUUUGUCGGAGGAAGUCAACAACAGGUACCUGAUUGGCGUCUCCGCUAAAUUUAGGCCAUUUCUCAAUUAUAUUGCAUUGCUGAUAGGGAAGACGUCGAGGCUGGACAAAGUUUACUUCUGCACCGUAGGGCCCCGGAAACGCGGUCCCUAUUUCCCGUUGUGUGGGUUGGUCCACCUUACCACUAGGAUGUGGUGAAGGUGGCGCAGAUUGCGAAGGUCUAACCCCAGAAAUCGGUGGAGGUUUAAAUGGGUUCAAUCCGUUCAUACUCAGAACAGGAUUGGUAUGAUCAUGAGUCAAGGAAUCGGUAACCUGAGGUCUAUAUUGAUUUGAAAUCAUCGUUGUAUUAAAGGGGUUUGCGUAACCCAGGUCUAAUCUUUGCGACUGAGGCGGCGUCGGGGCUAAAGUAGUCGGACGAGCCCUUGAAUUUUGUAACGUCACGUUCGCGAUUCUUUCCACGAGCUGAUCGAUUGCAUUCGAAUUAAUUGCGCGGUCUGACCGUAACGGUCCUUGAUCGACCAGACUAUUUACGUAUACGCGGAUAUAAUUUUCAACUUCGGAAACAUGUAAGUAUUCAUAAUCAGCGGACCGAUGCAGUUCAGGAUUUCUUGACUGCCCAAAAUUCGAAACGUUAUUUCCCGACAAGUGAUUACCCGUAAAUCCUGUACGAAAUGGUUCUCUGAUAUUCGUCGACUGCGAUACAUUCAGUACAUUUCCCGCCGAGGCCACCGGCUGACCAUUCAAUGAGCGAUCAUUAUUCCAAAUCGGCAUCGGGUUCGACCGAGUUUCAGUUACCGUCGAGGCCACCGGCUGACCAUUUACUGAGCGAUCAAUAUUCCAAAUCGGCAUUUGGUUCGGCCGAGUUUCAGUUACCGUCGAGGCCACCGGCUGGCCAUUCACCGUACGAUCGGCAUUCGAAAUCGGUAUAGCGUUCGAUGGCAGAUCAUUUCCUGUCGCGGCGUGUUCCAUUGAGGGUCGGGGAUUAGUUAAAUUUGAGAGGUCAAAUCCUAAAAAUGCGGAUUGAUUGUUAACAGAAAAUCGCGAAAAAUCUUGCAAACCGUGUUCUUGAAUACCGGAAAUUAUCGGCUGCGGAUUAGACGUCGAGGAUUGUGGUUCCGCGAGAUUCGUUUGGACGACCGAUUCAUUCGAUUGCGCACCGAGCUGAUUUUCUAACGUAUCAGAAACCUGAAGCCGUGACCCAGACAAGUCUCUAUCAAGGGUUGACGGAACAUCAAAUCCGUACCCUAAACCUUGGGAAGGAAUUCUAUAUCCAGAUGCAGUAGCCUGGUCCGUACCACGCACAUUAGUUUCCGAAAUUCCCGGUGCAUCCCUGUACGUAACUGAACCACUCGUGAGACUUCUGGCCAGCAAAUUCAAAUCGAUUUUAUAAAACUUUUCAGCCAAACUACUAACCAGAUUGGUCAAAAUCAUUUGAUUUUGUUUUUCCGAUUCAGUCUUAGGUGAAUACCUCGCUAAUCGCCGAUGAUAAUGAACGAGUCUAGUGUAUAAAUUACCAUGACGUCGACCGAUACUCAGAACUUGUUCAAUUUGUUUCAGAUUGCUGGUAAUCCGAACAUAAUCCUCUGUCAAAUCUUGUGAUGCUGGAAAACCCAAUGUCGUGGAAUCUUCCUGGUCGCGCAAAAGUGUUCGUAACGUUCUUCUUUUAGAGUUAAGUGGCUCAUUGAGCCUAGCUCCUCGCAACGAAAGCUCAUAAUCCAGCUCAUCUUCUUCAAGAUGAUCUGCAUUUAUUCGAUAAUGCUCCAUUUCAACACGUAAUCAGCGUCAGCUUCCCACAGCCAUUUAAGCGCUACAAAAAAGGUACCCGGUAUGUAGUGGUGGCUCCAGAAAGCUAGCCUAAUUUUCAACAAUCUCUGAUCGAUACUCUUGAUAAGAAAAAUGCAACCAGUAUCUGAUAUCAUCAGAGAUUUAAAGGUGCCAGCAUUUUGUGAGCACUAUGAGCCCCUCCUAGUAGAAGAAAUCAUUCUGGAAUCGCACCCUAGCCAAAUACACUAUGGAAAAUGCGCAGUCAUAGGCUAUCUUCAGCAAAAUAGCUUCUUUCUGGAAUCUCUCAAAGAACCGUGUUUGCCCGAAAAAUUCCACCUGGCUGAUGGCACUUGCAAACUGAAAGUGCAGUUCGACAACUAUCGCGGAGAUGUUCCACGUAACUCUACCGUACGCUUGUACGGAACCGUUAAGUUAGUUAGCAGUUCACCGGACUCAGCCAUGGACUGUUCCAAAGAUUUGGCAGUAGAAUUGAAGCGAUUACACCAAGAACUUCAGCAAAACCCAAACGCCAUCACCCUUCUGGAGAAACAAUGGGAUCAAAUGCGAUACGAUUACACACCGAUCUUGGAUGUGUACGGUUGUGAACGUAUCCGACAGGCUCGAGAACUAAUAACGGCUAAUUUGCGGCUUAAACGAAUAAACAAGAUACUAAAACCAAAAAUUGAGGAAAUGGAACGGGAAAUGUUCGGAUGAAUAAAAUUAUAUAAGAAGGUUGAUCUAACUUAAGCUAUGUAUUUAUUGAAUAAACUGAAAUAUAGGAAAAUGUGAAACUAAAAGGUUAUA